GUGCGGUGGGAAGGCGCUAUCGUUGCAGUAUGGCGGACGAUGGGGACGGUAGGAGUGCAGCGGCGGACACCAGCGGCGAGCAGGGGACGACGGAGGAUUUGGAUACGGGGUCCGGUCUCGGUAUAAGCGGCAUGAUGCUCAAUCUCAGCGUUCUAGUGCUCGUGCUGGCCGCGUGUUACGUGCUUUACGCGCGGUGGUGGAGGAGGGCGGGCGAGGACGCGGGCCGGGGCAGCGAGGCCUCGCCGCUACCCAAGAUGAGGAGACGCGACUUCACCCUGCAGCAGCUGCGCGAGUACGACGGGGUGCAGAACCCGCGCAUCCUCAUGGCAGUCAAUACCAAGGUCUUCGAUGUGACCAGUGGCAAAAAGUUUUACGGACGCGAGGGCCCCUAUGGGAUCUUUGCGGGACGGGAUGCCUCUCGGGGUUUGGCGACAUUUUGCCUAGAGAAGGAUGCAUUACGGGACGAAUAUGAUGACCUUUCAGACCUGAACGCUGUACAGAUGGAAAGUGUUCGAGAAUGGGAAAUGCAGUUCAUGGAGAAAUAUGACUACGUUGGGCGUUUGUUGAAGCCGGGAGACGAACCAUCUGAGUACACAGAUGAGGAGGACAUGAAGGAUCAUCAAAAACACGAAUGAUCUGCUGAAUCAUUACAGCAGCUGAAGCCCAGGACUGAGAAGGCCACAAUCCAGAAUGGUUAAACCCCAGCAAGAAAAACCCCUCAGAAUCUGCCCUUUACCUCAAUCGUACAGUGUCCCCACUACUGCUCCAUCACAGCUGAGAUAAACGCGUCGGUCUAAAAGCCCCUGCUGUUCUGACUGUUCUUUUACCAAAACAGACCAAUAGCCUGUCAGAGUUUCCUGUACUCUUCUUGUCUGCUCUUGAUACUUCUCCUUAAUCCAGCUCCUUUGUCCUUCCCCCUCCGUCUUCCGGUCACACCUAAACUCUCAAUUUAUAGCAUAAAUACCACCAAACACUACUUUAUACCAUAAAUCACCAGUUCUACACCCUAAAUCAUCAGUCGAACCCUCCAUCUACCCUACAGUCCAAUGGAGAGUGAAACGGCCUGAGGCUUUAAUAGCAUCCUGCACAUUGGCGUGUUCAGGUUUGGACUGACAAUGUGAAGAGAAGGAAGGAGAAAACGCAUACAUUUUUAUUCACUUAAUUUUCUUUGGGGACUUCACCAUUCAUGACCUCAAAAGUCACGUACAUAGAGCGGGGCAGAUGCCUGGAGUUCAGUGCACAACAGGUUAAAAACCACAACUGAGGUCGCUUUUAAUUAUUUUUGUUUCCAUUUAAGUAUUUUUGUUGUUGUUGUGCGUGUAAUUAUUGUACCACAACACGCGUCACAAACACUUUUGGAGCAUUUAAAUCUCAUGCUUAUUCGCAGACUGUGAAAACGUUGUCAUUUUAAAUCAAAGUAAAUGUCGAAUGGAAAUAGUAACCAAUCCAAAAGCCAGAUUGUCUGCCAUCAGCCAAUCAAUCCAAUGGUUGGGUGGGCGGGUGCUCAGCAAUGUUUGUAUUGUGUGCACCACUAGUGUGUAGCAAUUCUUGUCACAAUGUGAUUGUAAAACAUGAGGGAUGGGAAAUGUUUGUGGGGGGUUGGGUAUCGUUAGCAUUCUUGCCAUAAAACUUGUUUUAUUUGAAUUGUAUAAAUCUGAACGGCUGGUUGGGAUGAAAAGGGAAGAUCAGUAGGGUAGUUCAAUUGGAUCAGCUCGUCUGCUCAUCGGUCAACAGAACUCUCCCCUUAAUGAAACAGUCAGCGUAGUUAUUGUGCCUUAUUUCCGUUUAAUUCUACUACAGAAUAGUCAAGAGAUGUAGAAAGAUACAGGUACCAGAGGGAGAAACCGCAAAGAUAAAACAUGUUCUGCUCUGCCCUUUCCACAUUAUCUGCUUUUAGGGGGGUGUUCAGAAGCCAAGGCAUCUUUCCCCUCCAUCUCCUCAGUUUGUACGACGAGGCGUGCUCACGUCUGUGAGCGAAUCAGACACGGGAGGCUCAACCGCCGUUAUCGUGACUUUGUACAUAGACUUUAUGAGCUAUUUCAGUGUUACUGCCAUAUCUGCGCUGUUAUUAAACUCCACGCACUGCUGUGUUGUACUGGCCAAAAGAUCCAUUGCUCUUUCUCGGUUUCCAUCUCUUUUUCCCCUCUUUUUUUUUUUUUUUCUCUGCUGAAUUUAUUUUUAAUUGUGGGUAAUUUUCAAAUCCACCCUCAAGUGUUAUAUUUUGUUUUUCUUCUGGAGAGGGGAACUACGAGUUUGGAAGAAUGUUUUGUCUUUGCUGGGGAGGUGAUGAGGCGAAAUUCAAAAAUUGUGGAUUAUGUAAAUAUGUGUAUCAUUUUAUUAAAGCAUGUGCAGCAAACAGUGAGGUAAUGCUGGCUCUCACGUCAUGUAUUUAAAUGGAGUUUGCAAGGGUGUGUGUGUGUGUGUGCGUGUGCGUGCUCAUGGGGAGGACAAGAACAUGUUGUUGCAGAAAUAAAUACAUUUGGUUA